AUGGAUAAAAAUCAAACAACUGCCAAUAAUGACAAGGACUUAAACAAAGGUGCUCACAUACCGAAUUUUCCAAUGGCACGCACACAACCUUUACGUCCACCACCUGAUUAUGCGAGAUUCCGCAAAGAAAAUCCAAUUUUGAAAGCUAAAAUGUGGGAUGACAGUCUUGUUUGGUUGGUAACUCGUCAUGGUGAUGUGUCGAAAGUGCUGUCUGAUCCACGCUUCAGCAAAGUACGUACGCAUCCUGGUUUUCCUGAAACUGGUCCUGGAGGUAAAGCUGCAGCACGUGCAGGUAAACCAACAUUUGUCGAUAUGGAUCCACCUGAGCAUACACGUCAUCGAGGCAUGGUCGAACAAGAUUUUACAAGCGCGAAAGCAGAAGAAAUGCGACCUGCCAUUCAAAAAAUUGUUGAUAAACUUCUGGACGAAAUGCUUAAAAAAACGCAACCAGUCGAUUUAUUAGCUACAUUUGGAUUACCAGUGCCAACACUUGUCAUCUAUCAAAUGUUAGGUGUUCCAUACGAAGAUCAUGAAUUUCUUGAUACAUGCAAUGCCAUUCGAACAAAUGGUAGUGCAACAUCUGCUGAGUCUUCUCAAGCAAGCAAGGAUCUAAUGGAUUAUCUUGGACGUUUGGUCGACAAGAAAAUGAAAAAUCCAACAGAUGAUAUCAUUAGCCGUCUGGCAAUCGAACAAGUUAAAACAGGCAAAUUAACUCAUGAUGAAUUGGUGGCAAUGUCGUUUCUACUGUUAGUUGCGGGUAAUGCAACAACAGCAAAUACGAUUGUUUUAGGAACACUGACACUUCUUCAGCAUCCAGAUCAACUGGCUGAACUUCGCAAAGAUCCGUCUCUCAUCAAAAGUGCCGUUGAAGAAAUUUUACGUUAUCUUACAGGUUCGCAAUUUGCAACUCGUCGCUUGGCUCUUGAAGAUGUUGAAAUCGGUGGCAUAACAAUUAAGAAAGGCGAAGGUGUUUGGGCAUUAAAUGCAUCUGCUAAUGAAGAUGAAGAUGUCUUCCCAAAUGCAACACGUUUUGAUAUUCACCGUCAGCCAAAUCCUCAACUUGCUUUUGGCGAUGGUAUUCAUGUGUGCGUAGCACAAGAUUUAGCACGAGCUGAAGUACAAAUUGCAAUCGGUACUCUUAUUCGUCGUUGUCCGAAUCUUCAACUAGCAGUUCCUGCUGACGAAUUACAAUAUGUUACGCUUGCGAAACGAGAUUUUGGUGUUGCUGCAUUGCCUGUCAAAUGGUAA